UAUUUCUCUCUCUCUGUAUCUCUGUUCUCGGGCUUCAGCUUCAAAGUUUAGUCCCUAAUCUAGUAAAAUCGCACAGUUCCAAAGACUCUCACCUUUUGGUCUGGAAAAUUCCCAGAUACACCAUAAUCAAAAGCUUCUUCCUUUGUUGCCCAGGAUCUAAGUGUCGUGGUGUUCUGGGACUGGAGCGGAGGAGCUACCGCUGGAUUCAUAUUGGGAACCUUAAUGAUGGCUAAUCCAAACGCAUCAACAUCAAUAGUCUCUUCAAAAUCCUCUGAAAAAAAGGCCACGCAUAUAGCGGAUUUAAACAUGAACAUGUCUGAACUUUCUUUAAGCCAUCAAAGUCUAAUCACUUCAUAUGGUCCUAUCUCUAUCUUUUGGGACAUUGAGAAUUGCUGUGUUCCUAGAAAUGUCUCCACUGAACUCGUAACAGUUAAUAUUAGGAACGCUUUGCGAACUAACCCUCUAAUUAAAGGAGGAGUUAAAAUGUUUUCUGCCUAUGCAGAUUUUAGAGAAUUCCCCCAGCAACACACAGAGGACCUUCAGAAAAGUGGUGUCACACUCAUAGAUGUUCCAAAUGUGGGAAAGGAUGCUGCUGACAGAGCUAUUUUGGUCGACAUGUUUCUUUUUGCCCUCGACAACCCUCCACCUUCUUCGAUCAUGUUGAUCUCUGGAGAUGUAGAUUUUUCUAAAGCUCUUCACAUACUUGGUCAACGUGGAUAUAAUAUAAUCCUUGUUACACCAAAAGAUGCUUCAGCUGUCCUCACUAACGCUGCUAAGUUUCUUUGGGACUGGCCUAGUGUGGCUUGUGGGCGAGGCCUCGUUAGCCCCACCAAGGUUGGAGGAGCAGCCGACGUUGCAGGUUUGAAUGAUAAGGAUGCACUUUCAUUUAGGGAGAGGGGGAUGUCACAAAUCUUUUUGAACCCGAGGGUUGGUACUGUUUCUUUUGAUGAUCAGAUGGAAUCGACUAUGCGGGUACAACCUAGAGACCUAAAUGGUCUAAAGGGGUAGUUAGUAAAAAUGCUCGAAGGCUCAUAAGGACACCUGUCCCUGAAGCAAGUUAAGUCCGAGUACCAGAAGCGUUUCGGGCGGUCUCUUAAUGUAGAAGAGUAUGGUGUAUUCACGCUCAGAAAUCUUUUCACGAAGAUGGGUGACGUAAUGGAGCUAGUAGGGAAGGACGAGCUGUCUGUCUUUCUUAAAAGUUCGAGGGCAGGCCAUAGUGCACUGCAGGGGAGAAUGAAGGAUAAAGGAAAGGGGAUCCUGAGAAGCUCAACUCUGUAAUAGAGUACUUGAUUGGAGUUUUACAAGAAGGAAGAUAGCGCAGAUAGUUAUAAGCUCAAUUUUGUAAUAGACUUGAUUUUUGACUUCUAAUACGGAAGAUAGAGCAAAUAGUCAUAUAAACUCGACUCUCUAAUAGACUUGAUUUCUUACUUCUAUAAUAAACAAAGAGAAGACUGAUUCUUUCAUCAAA